GCAGGCGCUGCGUGAGCUGGGCUGGCUGCCUAUUGAUGGGAAAACAAGGGGUUGUGGGAGGACAGAUAAGGGUGUCUGUGGGCAAACGGGUGAGGGCAGGGUUACGGACAGAGCUUAAAGCCAUCUCUAUUCCCCUCACUUUUUAGUAUUGCCUCUAUUCACUGGAUUGAAUGUGGCAUCUGUUCAUCAGUGAGAUUUGCAAUCAAGGGAGCCUGAGACACCGCCUAUUCUUGCCUGACAAGGUCCUAUCAACAAACUGAAGCGUCACAUCCACUGCAGGGCUCAGAGACUGACCCACUCGGGGAAACCAUGGAAGCCCCUCUUGUGUGUUUGGAUGAAGAGUUUGAGGACCUCCGGCCUUGCCGUACGGAUGAGUUUGACCACCCAGCACUCAACCACUCCUCUUACACCUCCACCACCGUCCCGCUGGCCUCCAUCACCCGAGAGGACUUCUCUGAGCUGGAGAACUUUUCCGAGAUGAUGAGUUUCAAGUCUAUGGAGGACCUGGUCAACGAGUUUGAUGAGAAACUCAACGUCUGCUUUCACAAUUACAACACCAAGACCGAGGGCCUGGCACCGAUACGCAACCAGUCACAAAACCAAGAGGAUGAGGAGCAGCUGCAGGAUGAAGAUGUGUGGGAUGCCCUAACUGACAACUACAGAGCUUCAUGGGACGGCCCAGACUCAGAGGGAUUCAACGGAAAUCUUUCUGAUAAAGAGAUCCAUGAAAAAGAGGAGGAGGAAAUGAAUGAAAAGAAUGACAAUGCCAACUGUCUCAACGAAGAGCCUCUCAUCACAGCAGAUCAGGUCAUUGAGGAGAUAGCAGAGAUGAUGGAGAACUCCCCAGACCCUGGUGAAACCGAGGAAGAGGACGAGGAGGAGAGCAGCCAUUGCUCCUCCAGGACCCACCCUUCGCUGCUGGAGGAGAUCCGACAAUUGUCCCAGGCCUCCAACAACAACUGUUCUUAUGAAGGCCUGAGUCUGAUGCCCAGUUCCGCACUGGCUGAACUACUGCGCCACGUGGAGGCUGCAAUCCGGGAGUACUCAGAGGAACUGGUCAGUCAGCUGGCACGGCGUGAAGAGCUGGAGUUUGAAAAAGAGGUCAAGAACACGUUCAUCACUGCCCUGAUAGAGGUGCAGAACAGGCAGAAGGAGCAGCGAGACAGUAGCAAACGCCGACGCCGGGACAAGGCUUUGAGCCUGCAGGGAGGAAUGGGCGUGGUGUCUGUGACCACAGGGACUACUGGCACCACCGGUCAUGUGGAGAAAACAGGAAGCAUGCCUGUCAAGCGUUUCAGUAUGGAGGGACUAUCCAACAUCCUGCAGACGGGCAUCAGACAGACAUUUGGAAGCACAGGGAAUGAAAAACAGUAUCUGAACACAGUUAUUCCUUAUGAGAAGAAAGGCAGCCCUCCAUCUGUUGACGACCUACAGAUGCUCACAAAAAUUCUUUUUGCCAUGAAAGAGGACAGCGAGAAGGUCCCUACUCUGCUAACUGACUACAUAUUAAAAGUCUUGUGUCCUACCUAAAGCAGUGUACCAUCCAGGGGCCAUGGUGCGGCGGGGAACUUCUCCUUUUACCACUGGCCCGAGCAGCAUGACCUUGUUCGCCAUUAUCAGCCAUGGAUCCACAACCAUCAACAUCAUUGUAUUCGCCUCAACUAUGACGAUCGCCUCUUGCUGAGCUCGUCCUUUCCCUCCUUACACUUAACCAUGCUUUCGCCAGCCACUGAAAUAGUCAAAGUGGGACAGCCAGACCCAUCUUUUAAAGGACUUCACCAAUGGAGCAUGACACACGAUAAAUGAUCACGUCACCAAUAACAUGGUGUUUCUGCAUUUUAUUCCUCUGUUUUCAUUCAUAUUUAUUCUAUUCAUUGUUCAUAAGGAGUACAUUGCAUUCAUAAAUGAAAAACCGUCCCAGUAUUGUUUAAAUUAAAAGAAUUCAUUUGAAUAGACAAGCCAUGUGCUGUUUUUUUUUUUUUUUUUUUUUUUUUUUUGGACAACUGUAGCGGAGUGAAAGAGAAAAACAAAAAUUCAGGUGCAGCGCAUUUUCCUUGUUUCAUGUUCUUUAUUUCACUCUGUGAAUACACAAUAUUUUGUAAUCUCUUUUAAUUUGUAUCAAACAUUUGAUAGAAAGUGAUUUUUCUACUUUCAUUUAAUGUCACUAGAGUGACAGGCUACCAUGUAUUCCAUAUUGAUCCGUUAAACUGGACAUGUUGUGCAGUUAAACUUUGAAUAUCCUCAACCCUUGGGGUCAACUUGCCCAGGAAAGGUGCAUACAUUUGCAUAUGAUCAUUUAUGACUUAUGUUGAGAUGUGUAAAUUAAUCUUGCAUUGCUAAAUUGCCAAUUCUAAUAAACAUGCUACCCUA